UAUUAUAUUACCAUUUCUAUGGCAAAACUAAAGAUAUGCAAUAACUCCAAAUUUCGCAAUGUUCAAUUAAUCAUAAAGCAUUGAUCAAAGUCGCCUGAGCUAAUUAUGGCAUUUCUUUUUAGACGGCAUGGAAGUCGGGCAAAUUCUGUGAAGUAUGUAGUAGAGGAAUAAGUUUAUUUAUUUUUUUGUAAUUUUCUUUUUUUUUAUUUAGGAAUACGGAAUACGGUGAUGCUAUUCUUACGCCUGUGCUUGUAUUCUACAAACAGGAAUCGAACUUUUCAACAUCCAAUGAGAAAAGACCUCCGUUAUCAAGUGUUUAACUUAUUUGUCCAAGGAAAAAAUAAAAACCUAAUGUUUUUAAUUUGUAAGUAUCUCAUCACAUCUGCCGAUAUAUUUACUUUUCACGUUGUUUGUUGACUGUAACGCGACGUCUGGCGUGGCUUCGUCGGCCAUGAAUUCAUCUGACCAAGGUAGACAAGAAUGCCCUUAUUUGCAAGAUUAUGUCUGGCGAAAGACAUACCUCACCGACCACACGUACAGAAAUCUUGUGGCGUCAAUUUGUGUUAAUUCUGUAGCAAUAAUUCCAACCAUACUGUUGAAUGCACUGGCCAUCUUUGCCGUGACAACCACACGCUCAUUGCAAAACAGCUCGAAUAUUCUCUUGGCGUGUUUGGCGGGUUCAGAUUUGUUCGCUGGAAUGGUUGGUCUGGCUAUUGCUGUCGCGGUAAACGUGAAGCGAGCUUUUGCCAUCGACCCAUUUUGUGCGCUGGAAACAGCACACUUCAUAGCUCUUUAUGGACCAAGCUAUGUUUCGAUGGGCCACCUUGUGUUAAUCAGCGUCGAUCGUUACAUCGCAAUCAAGGAUGCCUUGAGGUACCAGGUAAUUGUCACAAAACAGCGGAUAAAAAAAGGUGUACUUGUAGCUUGGGCAAUUGGCGUUUAUCUGACAAUUCAGGAAACUGUCUUAGCUGUUAUUGUCAAAAAAGCUGCCAAAAUUUACUCAGUAUACUGGACAGUUGGAUCUGUCUCAGCUUCUGUCAUCGGGUUGGCUUGCAUUUCUGGUAUCUGUUACUGUUAUGUGUAUAUUUUCUCAGAAAUACGGCGACAGAAGAAGCGGCUGCAAACAGACCAGUUGUCUCAAGAAGAAGCGAAAAGAGUAAAGAGAGACAACAAGGCAGCCUACACCCUAGGAAUCAUUUUGGGUGUGCUAGUUAUAACUUACAUGCCUUCAAUGCUAUUGCUUUUGCUACUGUCAAUUCGGGGGCUUAACAAAUUGGGCACCGGAACUACUAUUAUUUGUUAUAGUUGGACGACAACUUCCAUCUUGCUUCGUUCUCUUUUUAACCCCAUCAUUUACUGUUGGCGCAAUGAAAAGAUUCGGAACGCUGUUCUCGAGAGUUUUCAUGUCAGAAAGCCAGACAGAGCAGCAAACAUGCAGAUGGUAGAAAUACAAAAUCAUCGACCUGAAAUCCAGCCUUCUGCUAACGAGACUUGGUGUUCAGUGGCUGUAAUAAAGAAAGAACCUGUUUUGCUGUCAAUAAGUCAUGAUCCCAAAGCCGACGAAAUUGUUCACAUUCAAGAAAUGGAUAAUUAA